AUGGAGAAAUUCAUUGUCCGGGGGCCUCUUAAGACCACAGCAACAAAGAACAAGAGGAUGUCCCCUGGGCCAGAGCGGGAGGAGGCUGACCCAGGUGCGGAAGGCAGUGGAAGAAGCAAGAAGAGGCCCAAGCUGGAUGCAUCCCACCAAAGCAAGACUCCCUUGGUUGGUGCUUCAUGGAAACACAUCCGGGCAGAAGGGCUAAACUGCGAUUAUAGGAUCCUUUUCAACAAAGCAGAGGCUGACAGGAUCUUCCAGGAGCUUGAAAAGGAAGUGGAAUAUUUUGAAGGUAAACAGAUCUGAUCUUUGAAUCUUUCAUGAAUUCUCUGUGCAGCAGGGCUAUCUGGAGCAUACUAUAAAUAGAUUUCCUCAUUUUUAUGGCUAUUAUUAUUUAUUAAACUUAUAUACCACCCUUCAGCUGAAGAUCUCUGGGCAGUUCACAAGAUAAAGAUAAAAGAUAAAAACACAAAAUAAAAAGUCAAAAACGAAACAAUAACCCCCCUCCAACAACACAUUUAAAAGGCUGUAGAAUCUUAAUUAGCCUGGCUGAAGAGGAAUGUUUUUGCCUGGUGCCUAAAAAUAUAUAAUGAAGGCACCAUGCAAACCUUCCUGGGGAGAGCAUUCCACAAACAGCCAUUACGUAGCUAUUGUGGUCCUGAGCUGUUUAAGGCUUUAUAGGUCAAAACCAGCACUUUGAAUUGGACCCGGAAACUAACUGGCAGCCAGUGCAAUCAGGCCAGGAUCAGUGUGAACGCUCAAACCGUCUUGCCCCAGUGAGCAACCUGACUGUCAAAUUCUGCACCAGCUGAAGCUUCCAAACCGUCUUCAGGGGCAGUAAUGAUAAUAAUAGCCAGGCUGAGAAGCAGUUUCUCACUGAAUGGCCAUUGGGCAGGGGGCUGCAGUGAAGAGGGUUGUUUAAUGGGGGAGGCCAUAGCUCAGUUGUAGAGCACCUGCGUUGCAUGCAGAACGUACCAGGUUAAAUUUGCGGAGUUACACGUCUCUGUGUGAAACAUUCUUCUCUCCCCACACCCUUCUCUCCCUCUGGCCUCUCCCAACUCGCGGCAAGAGGUUUUCUCCUCUACAUCUGUCUCUCCUGCUCUCCCUUUCUCCUUUCCACACAAACUCACACACGGCAUGGAAGGAAAAGCAAUUUCUAGAGGGAUGGUGAUGCAGGAAGCAGAGAUCAACCGCAGUGUCCAGAGGGCCCCAUGAAUUGAAUCGGGGGGCCACCACAGGUUCCCCACCACUGCUCUCAGGGGAAAUUUUUACUUGGUGGCAUUUCUUCCCUGCAUCUGGUUAUGAAAGCCCAUCUUGAGUUUGUCAUCUUUUUUUCAAAGCAGGAGAGUUCACUAAACUCCACAUAUUUGGAAAGUGGCACAACAUCCCAAGGAAACAAGUGACCUACGGGGAUGCUGGCUUGACUUACACAUACUCAGGUGUCACUUUCUCACCCAAGCCAUGGAUUCCAGUUCUGGAUCACAUAAGAGACCAAAUCCAGCUAACCACCGGGGACACCUUCAAUUUUGUUCUCAUUAACAGGUAAUGUUGGGCAGGUGGUGGUGGUUAGUAUGGCAUUGAGCACCAGGGAACCAGUUCUCCAUGCCCAGUCCCUUACACUAACUUGUGACUGCUGUUGUGACAUACAGAGGGCAGUGCAGGAGGAGCUUGACAUCCUACUGCAAUUCUACAGGAGCUGCCCUUGACUACGUUUGCCAACUGCUGCUCUCCAGAUGUUUUUGGACUACAAUUCCCACCAGCCACUGCCUGCAGAGUUACAUGAUACUGAGUUUAUGGGAACAAAAGGACAUUCAUUUUUGCAUUUAACACUUACAUUCAAAUAUCAGUCAUAAUCAUAAAAAAUAGGAUUCUCUGAGUCCUUGGACUUCCUGCCACCCUUCCAUGAGUUCCAUUAUUAAUCUUUUCCCACCUGCACCCUAUAAAGUUCUCUAUUUAUCUUUAAUAUUCAAUUUAUACCAUUGUUCAUGUUACAUCGGAAAAUAACAGCUGGGCAGAGCUGAGUGGGGAACAGCUAGGAGAAGUAGAGAGAGAGAGAGAGAGAACGGACUCCCCUUUGCUGCAGAGUGUCCAGCCUUUAUCUCCAAGGGCAAGGAGAGCUGAUAAGGUUGCUAUGCAGAAGGCUCAAUGGUUGUGAGAUGCCGGGGAGGGAAGCUUAAUUGGGAGCACCUUUAUCUCGGGAAUGGAUGCUUCAUUAUUUUCCUGUGAUCAUUAAAGACCCUUUAAAUGGUAAGGGACUCUUGUCACUUUGUCCUGCUUAUCCGCAGCCAAAGGGGGGGGGGGAGGAAAGCCAAGCCCCCAGAGCCUGACAACAAUCUUUUCUGCUCCCUUGGUAUUUUUGUACCUAAAAUUCCUUAAAAAAAACCUUCUAGUUUUUUCACAAAUGUUAUUUUAAACAUUUUUUUCAACUCAUUAUAAAUUAUUUUCCAAUGCUUUUUGCUAUCUUACACAUCCACCACAUAUAGUAGAAGGUGCCUUCUUUCUCUUUACGCUUCCAACAAAUAUUUGUAGUAGUUCUAUACAUUUUUGUUAAUUUAGUAGGAGUUUAAUACCAACAGUACAUCAUUUUCAUAGAGUUUUCCUUCAACGUACAGCAUGCUGUACAUUUUAAGUCUUCCCUCCAUAAUUUUUCCCAUGAUGACAAUUGUAUAUUAUAUCCAAUAUCCCAUGCCCAUUGUAUCAAUACAGAUUUAACAGUAUACAUUUUAGAAAGUAUUUUCACUUUAUUUUCCAACAAGUCUUUUUCAAACCUUAAAAAUUCUUUACUAAAACCAUUUAUUUUAUCCAUUCUAAAUGCAUCAUUUAAUUGGUGAUACUGUAACCAGUCAGUUAAUAAGUCUUAUAUCAUCAAAUUUCUCAUUUUCAGUUGUUGUUCUUUUGUUAACAGCUCUUUAUACGUUGCCCAUUCAUUUUUUGCAUUUAAUUUUUUCACAGAUUUCACCUCUAGCAGGGAAAGCCACCAAGGUGUUUUUUGGUCUAAUAAAUAUUUAUAUUUCUCCCAUACUACAUAAAUUGAUUUUCUUACCAAAUGGUUUAGGAAACCUUUAUGCACUUUUGUCUUAUCAUACCAGAGAUAUGCAUGCCACCCAAAUCUGUUGUCAUGACUUUCUAAAUCUAGAAUGCCUGCAUUUUUUAACAUUAUCCACUCCCGAAGCCAGCAGAGACAGGACGCUUCAUAAUAUAACCUCAAGUCCGGAAAAACCGCCUCUAUCCUUUGCAUCAGUUAACAAUUUAUAUUUAAUCCUUGGCUUCUUUCCCUGCCAGAUAAAUUUAGAAGUAACUUUUUGCCACUGCUUGAAGUGUCCUGCUCUACUGAUAACGGGUACUGAUUCAAAUAAAAAUAGCAUUCUCGGCAAUACAUUCAUUUUUAUUACUGAUAUUCUUCCCCAUAGUGAUAAGCUUAUGCUUCCCCAUACCUUUAGGUUUUUCUUUUUUUCUUUCCAAGUGGCUAUAUAGUUGUCAACCAUACCUCUAAAUAUUUCACCUUUUUUUCUAUUGUCAAUUCUGUUGUUCGAUGUAAGUCUCUUUUUUAUUGAACGGUCACAUUUUUUACCAAUACUUUCAUUUUAUUUUUAUUCAACUUGAAAGCUGCUACCUGACCAAAUUCAGCAAUUAUCUCUAAGACCCUUGAUAUACUUACCAUUGGGUCUUCUACUGUUAUCACAAGGUCAUCCGCAAAUGCUUUCAAUUUAUAAGCUCUGCACCCUACUGUUAUACCUUUUAUUCUAUCACGCCAGGGUUUCUAGAAUUAAUAUAAACCAUAAUGGUGACAGGAAACGUCCCCUUCUUGUCCCUUUUGUUAUAUUUUUCCGUUAUCACAUUGUUCACUAUCAACAUAGCCUGUUGAUCUGAAUAAGUUGCGUCAAUACUCCAAAGGAAUGACUCUCCAAAGUUCAUCAUUUCUAUAGUUUUUUUCCAUAAAAAUCCAUGACACAUUAUCAAAGGCCUUCUCUGCAUCUACAGACAUUAAAGCCGCUUGCUUUUCAUUCAUCUGGCGGCCAGGAAGAAAGCCAGCUUGAUCUUGAUGAAUUAAAUCUUUUAACACCAUCUUCAUAUGAUUUGCCAUUAUUUAGCAGAGAUACCUGCCUAUAAUUUUUUACUGAUAGUAAAUCUGUAUCUUGUUUUGGAAUUAAUGUAAUAUAUACCUGUCAAGGCUGCCUCAAGUCUUAGCUCACAAAAGACCAACGCCUACGUCUUCUUGAAUACAAAGGUGUUUAUUGCAGUUCAUGGUUUGCUUGACAUCUUAGGCGCGCAGCCUUACGUCUCUUACGCUAGACCGCCGAAGUCCCGUCUGAGUCAGUCCCUCCUCUGCACCAAUUUAAGAGACUUGCGCUGCUCCACCUCUUUCUCUCCUUCCUUUUCCGCAGGGUCUUUCUGCCCCCUGGGGUUUGCCCCCUUCUGGAUUCCUCUGACGCGGAAUCAGACUGCUGCUCAACCCCUCCUGCGGGCUUUGGCAACUGGCCCCUCCUCCGGGCUCCCUGCACUUCCGCGCGCCUCUACAUUUGAACGAGGCGCGCGCGCCAAACCUCUAACUUUCCUUUUGACAGUUACACUGCUCCCUUCACUGCUCCCCUCCCCUUCCGGGAGGGCUGCUUGCUCUGACCCCCCUCCUCUCUCUGCUGCUGGAGCUCCUUCCUCUGACACACUGGAAACUCCACCCCCUUCGCUGCACUUUGGUGGGGAGGCUGGUCCUGACGCCCAGCUGCCACUUUGGGAUCCUCCGCUGGCACCCUGCUCCUGACAUUUCCCCCCUGGGGCUCCCUGGCCCUGACCACCGGCGCCCCUUCUGGGAAUCCUCUGAUUCGCUGGAAAGACUCAUGGAAUCCCUUGAGUCAUUGUCGUCCUCUUCCUCGCUGGCUUGGAAUUCCUCCCCUUCGCUCUCCAUCUCCUGCCUACCCUGUGCCUCUCUCUCUGAACCCCUGACAUCCAUCCCCCCCCCGCGAAGCCCCCCCAUCCCCCCACCCGCGGCGCGGGCGCAGGUUCCGGGAGCCGCGUUGUAGCGGGGGUAGAUGCAGGAUACAGUUCGUCGACGUCGAUCUCCACAGCUUCCAGUUCAGUGUAGGAGUGCUCGAAACCGGGGUCCUCCCCAACACCUCCAAACCCUUCCCUCCCCUGUUACUUCAGGCGAAGCUGCUUGCCAAGGCCCCCUUCGCCACCCCACUUCUGGUUGAUCGUCCCACCAAUAAGAGCGGUCCGUGUCCACCCCCGAGCCCGAUCCCCUUGGAGGGCUCGAUUGCGGCGUGGUCUCCUCUGCGGAGGAGAACCCCUGAAGGUGCUGCCUGAAAGUGUGGGGGUAAAAGCCAGUCGUCAAAAUACUCCUCUGGCAUGGGCCUGUGCGGGAAGAGUGCAUGGAACUCGUCCUUAAGCCAAGAUUCCUCCAGAGCAUAAUCUGGCACCCAACUGUUGGCGCUAGCCGGGGUACCUUCCUUGGCGAGGAGGUAUUCCACUCCCUCCUCCCCCAUCUCGAGUCCAGAAUUUCCGUGACCUCGUUGAGUGUCGGGAUCCUCGGUGACUUCCCCCUGGUGACUUCCUACGCGGGUCUGGUGCCGUCCCUGGCUCCUGAAAUCUGUGUGGGGCCUUGUAGGGUGUAAGCACCGACCUAUGAAAGACCGGGUGCAUUCGGGAAUCCUCUGGGAGGGUCAACCGAAAAGCUACGGGAUUGACCCUGCCCUCAACUUGGUAUGGCCCUAGCUGUUUGUGUCCUAGCUUCUUCUUAGCUAACGACCUGGCCGGCACCGCCUGGGCUGCUAACCAUACCCAGUCCCCCACCUGGAUGUCUUCUCCUGCCCUCCUGUGCCUGUCUGCCUGCACUUUGUAGGCGUGUUUAGCUAGUUCCAAAUGCCGUCGUAGCUCCUCGUGGACCUCCUGCAAUUCUGCUGCUAAAUGUUCCGCUCCCUGCGACUCCCCCUGCGUCGUCGUCUCCAACGCCGGGAAUGUUCUGGGGUGUCGCCCAUUGUUGGCGAAGAACGGUGUCACCCCCGUUGACGCGUGCUUCGUGUUGUUGUAGGCAAACUCGGCCAUCGGUAAGUAGUCCACCCAAGUUGCAGGCUUUUGAUUGGCGUAACAUCGCAGGUACUGCUGCAUGAUGGCGUUGACCCUCUCCGCUUGGCCGUUGGUUUGGGGGUGUCUCGCCGACGCUAAGUUGAUCCUGACAUUCAGGAUGCCCAGGAGCUUCUGCCAGAAACUGGAAAUGAAUUGGCGACCCCGGUCGGACAAAAUGGACCGUGGUAAGCCGUGCACCCGGAACACGUGGUCUAUGAAUAGCCUGGCGGUCUGCUCCGCUGUUGCCACCUUCGCGCAAGGAAUGAAAUGCGCCAUCUUGGUGAACAGAUCUACAACCACAAGCACCGCCGUCUUGCCCCGCGAACUGGGCAGAUCAGUGACAAAGUCCAGCGCCACCCUUUCCCACGGCUGCAGUGGCGUCUCCAGCGGUUCCAGCAAUCCCGCUGGCUUCUUGUGCACUGGCUUGGACCUCUGACAAGUGUCACACCUGGCGACGUAAUCCGCGACUUCUCCCCGCAUCUGGGGCCACCAAAAGUCCCUGGCUACUAAGUCCGCCGUCUUCUCCUUGCCGAAGUGACCCGCGCUGGGGGCGUCGUGCAACUGCUGUAGAACCUUCGCUCGGAGAUCGUCCCCUGGGACAUAGAGAGCACCUUUGCGGGUCAGUAGGCCGUCGCGUAUCUGGAAUUCGCCGUCCUUUGCUGUCCCUCUUCGCACCUCCUCCAUCUUGGAUUGUGCAAACGGGUCCGUCUGUAGCGCGCGUCGUACCGCGUCCAGGUCCACGGCGGCAGAAGCGCACGCCCACGCUUGCGGUGCAAAAAUGUGCCUGGCUGCCACUGGUGCCGCUUCCUCAAGAUACUGCGGUUUUCUGAGAGCGCAUCCGCUAUGAUGUUGUUGUCUCCCGGGAUAUACUCUAUCCGGAAAUCGAAAUCCGCAAAGAACUCCGCCCAUCUCAUGUGCCUCUGGCUCUGGAGCUUCGCCGUGCGCCAAUACUCCAGGUUCUUGUGGUCCGUGCGGACCUGCACGGUGUGCUUGGCUCCGAUGAGGAAGUGCCGCCACGCCUUGAAAGCCGCGUGGAUGGCCAACAACUCCCUGUCCCAGAUGGUGUAGUUCUGUUCCGACUUGCUGAGCUUCCGUGAGUAGAAAGCGCAGGGCCUCCAGUUCCCUUGCGAAUCUUCCUGCAAGAGGACGGCCCCCACUGCUCUGUCAGAUGCGUCAGUCUCAACCCGCAUGGGCCUGCCAGGAUUCACGUGUAGCAGCUGGUCUUCGGACGCGAAGAGACUCUUAAGCCUCCUGAAGGACUGCUCCGCCUGGUCCGUCCAGGUGAACUUUUUCUUCUUGGAACUGAGGGUGUCCGUGAUAGCUGCCGUCUCUUUCGCGAAACCCCUGAUGAACUUGCGGUAAAAGUUGGCGAAGCCGACGAACCUCUGGACCUCCUUCCGAUUGCGCGGGCUAUUCCAGUCCAACACCGCGCGGACCUUGGCGCUGUCCAUGGCUAGGCCCUUGUCGGACAGCCGGUAGCCCAGGAAAUCCACCUCCGUCACGUCGAACUGGCACUUCUCCAGCUUGGCGUAGAGUCUGUGCUCCCGUAGCCUCUGCAGGACCUCCUUUACGUCUGUUUCGUGAGUCUCCUGCGAUUCCGAGAAGAUCAGAAUAUCGUCGAGAAAGCAUACGCACUUCUUGUAGAGGAGUCCUGCUAGCACGUGGUGCAUGAAUGCUUGAAAAUGGUGGGAGCCACCUUGGAGACCAAACGGCAUAACUCUGUAUUCAUAGGUGCCCAGCGGCGUGAACAUGGCCGUCUUCCACUCGUCACCUUCCCUCAUGCGUAUGAGAUUGUAGGCUCCGCGUAGAUCCAACUUGGUGAAGAUCCUCCCCUUCCUCACCGUCGCGAGCAGGUCGUCAAUCUUGGGCAUGGGGAAAGCCUUGGGUUUUGUCAUCGAGUUUAUGGCCCUAUAGUCCACAAUGAGUCGUUUUUGGGGCGUGUCCUUCUUCUUCACAAAAAACACAGGACUGCCCCCCACUGCCUUGGAUUCUCGGAUGAAUCCCCGCUUCAAAUUGUGAUCUAUGAACUCCCUGAGCUCCUGCAUCUCAUCUUCAGACAUGGAAUACAGCUUCGCAGUCGGUAGCGUUGCCCCUGGUAAGAGGUCAAUUGCACAGUCGUAGGGCCUGUGGGGUGGUAAUUGGUCAGCUUCCUUCUCGCAGAAGACCUCCAAAAAUCCCUUGUAUUUGUGGGGCACUGCCUGCACCAUGCCUAGAUGCAGCUGUUGCCCUUCCUCCCGGCCCUCCUCGUCCUCACCAAUCUGGAUGCAAUGUUGUGCACAGUAGGACGAGCCAAAGGUGAGCUGCCGCUGGUACCACGCCAAGGAUGGACUGUGUCUAUCCAGCCAACUCAUGCCUAGCACUAUGGGCGUGUCUGACAGUUGGGUGACAUUGAAACUGAUGACCUCGCGAUGAUUCCCAAUUUUCAGCAGCAUGGAUGGCGUCUGUUGUACCACUUGCCCACCCAGCAACUUCCUGCCAUCUACAGUGACCACAUUCAGAGGCAGCGUGGCUGGUAGUAGCGCUAUGCGAUGCUGCUUGACGAACUGCACCCCCACGAAGUCAGCGUUGCUCCCUGAGUCAAUCGUAAUGGGGACUUCCAGGGUGAGUCCAUUAGGCAGCUGGAGAGUAGCAGUGAGCUGCACCACUGGCUUAGGUGGUAAGGGGUCUGUAGGCUGCAAAAGCGCUGGGGACUGCUUCAUUGACGUGCCUGGUGGAGCCCCAGCGUCUCUCCCUCCAACCAGGCAUUCUCGUUUCCCUGAAACUGCUCCCCUUGGAAAGCUUCCCCUGUUACUGUUGCUAAGGCUGCAGUGUGCUUCUGGAGCCUCUGGGGACACUCUUUAGCCAUGUGCCGUGCACUGUCACAGAUGUAACACUUCCUGGUCCCUCUAGGAGGCUUCGCUUUGACUGCUCCUGACGCUGAGGCUCCGGCAGCUGUCUGAGCCUUUGCACCACCCAGUUCCAUCUGUUCUUCCCCCUCUGCCAGGACAGGCGAAAGGCGUGAACGUUCCAAGUCCCUAGAAGGAAAAGGAGGCGCUCUAGCUGGUGGGCGGACGUGACGCCCCUCCUCCCUGUGCCAAGGGCGGUCUUCUUGGCGCACCCCUAUCGUGAGUGCCCUCUGCACGACGUCUGCUAGGGUUUGAGGUCUGUCUCCCUAGCCAGCUCAACUUUCACUGAGCCCUGUAGCCCAUCCCAAUACAAGUCCCUUACUGCCAGGGAGUACUUUUCCCAGCCCAGCACUUUCAGCAAUGCUUAAAAGCGAGAAUGGUACUGACGCACUGUAGCCUUGCCCUGCCGCAAUCCAUGCAUCUCCUGACGUGCCACAUCAACGUCAACAGUAGAUUGGAAGCAAGCGUCCAUGGCUUUGAGAAAUUCAUCAGAGUCCCUGCGUGCAAGACCAUCUUCGCGCCAUAAAUUGCGUAACCAAUUCCGUGCUUCCCCAUGCAAAUGGGACACAAUGAACCCCACUUUUUCCUCCUCAUCCUUGAAGUCCUUUCGAAGUAAAUGCAGUGCAUAUACGACGUCUGCUCUGAAAUUGGGAUAAUGCUUCAGGUUCCCAUCGAAGUGGGCUACUAAAUUGCCCCCCCUUCGUCCCAGUCCGAUUCCCUCUGAUCUGGACCCCGGGAACCCCUCUCUGCACGCCCGAUCCCACCUGGCUUGCAGAUCCUGGCAUCGCGCUUCUGCUUCUGCAACUGUCUUCUGAGAAACCACGACGGCAGUGGAGAGCUCGGUGACUGCGUUUUGCAGGGACGCUAUCUGCUCCUCAGUAGUCAUUGCUGCCAAACUUCGUGAGCUGUGCAAAAAAAAAUUUUUUGCUUUUGAGACGGGACUUACUGUCAAGGCUGCCUCAAGUCUUAGCUCACAAAAGACCAACGCCUACGUCUUCUUGAAUACAAAGGUGUUUAUUGCAGUUCAUGGUUUGCUUGACAUCUUAGGCGCGCAGCCUUACGUCUCUUACGCUAGACCGCCGAAGUCCCGUCUGAGUCAGUCCCUCCUCUGCACCAAUUUAAGAGACUUGCGCUGCUCCACCUCUUUCUCUCCUUCCUUUUCCGCAGGGUCUUUCUGCCCCCUGGGGUUUGCCCCUUCUGGAUUCCUCUGACGCGGAAUCAGACUGCUGCUCCCCCUCCUGCGGGCUUUGGGACCUGGCCCCUCCUCCGGGCUCCCUGCACUUCCGCGCGCCUCUACAUUUGAACUAGGCGCGCGCGCCAAACCUCUAACUUUCCUUUUGACAGUUACACUGCUCCCUUCACUGCUCCCCCCCCUUCCGGGAGGGCUGCUUGCUCUGACCCCCCUCCUCUCUCUGCUGCUGGAGCUCCUUCCUCUGACACACUGGAAACUCCACCCCCUUCGCUGCACUUUGGUGGGGAGGCUGGUCCUGACGCCCAGCUGCCACUUUGGGAUCCUCCGCUGGCACCCUGCUCCUGACAUUUCCCCCCUGGGGCUCCCCUGGCCCUGACCACCGGCGCCCCCUUCUGGGAAUCCUCUGAUUCGCUGGAAAGACUCAUGGAAUCCCUUGAGUCAUUGUCGUCCUCUUCCUCGCUGGCUUGGAAUUCCUCCCCUUCGCUCUCCAUCUCCUGCCUACCCUGUGCCUCUCUCUCUGAACCCCUGACAAUACCUCUUUCCAAGAAUCUGAUACUUUCCCUGUAUUCAAAAUCUUAUUCAUUACAUCUUUCAAAGGCUGUGCCAAAAGCUCUUAUAGUUUUUAUAGUACUUCGCUGAUAGACCGUCUGACCCCAGCGAUUUACCUGUUUUUAUCUGGUUAAUUAAUUGUUGUAAUUCCAUCACUGUUACUGGUGCAUUUAAGUAAUUAGUUUUCUCUUCCGAAAUAUUUGGCGGCCAAUGCCCAGUCUAGUCCACCAUCCUGUUCUUGCAGUGGCCAAAAAGAUGCCUGUAGGAAAUCCAUAUGGUAUAGUACAGAUUAAGUUGGAAAGGAGGAAAGAUGUUGUGGAUCUUCCCCUUCAGGGCAGAAGUCUAGUCGCUGCCCCCUGAACAGAAGUAGCAGGAGACCAGCAUCCCAAACACAGCAGCAGGGCUGGCUUACUGCAUUCUGAAGCAAGUGAAAUCAUGCACAUCACUAUCUAAAGAGUAUAGACCUCCACUCUGCAAGCGCAUUUGAGUCCAUAGUCUAAAACUACCUAACUGCAUCACUCAUCUCCCCUCCCUGCCAGGUAUAAGGACGGUCACGAUCACAUGGGGGAGCACAGAGAUGAUGAGCGAGAGCUGGCCCCUCGCAGCCCCAUCGCAUCCGUGUCCUUUGGAGCCUGCAGGGACUUUGUCUUCCGGCACAAGGAUUCCCGAGGCAAAAACCCCUCACGCUACAUUGAGGCUGUCAAGUUGCAGCUGGAGCAUGGGAGCUUGUUGAUGAUGAACUUCCCCACCAACCGUUACUGGUACCACAGCCUGCCCAGUCGCAAGAAGCUCCUGGCUCCGAGAAUCAACCUGACAUUUCGAAAUGUGAUGGCGCUGACCCCAGGGCAAUGA